AGGAUAACGCAUAUGCGGCCUUGACACGUAUACCAACGUUCACAAUUCACAACACACCCGACUAGCUGCCAUGGAGUUGCUCCUCCUGCCUUCUCCUUCUCGAGCCACCGUCUCCCGCCCGGCGCUCCUUCCAGCCGCCCCCCUCCGCGGCGCCUGCGCAACCAACUUCCGUCCAGCCGCCACCUCCGGCAACGUCGAGGCCACCGGCGCCGCCCCAACAACGACGGCCGCCUCGUCCUCCGCCGCCGGCGCCAAGGCAGUCCCAGAACGGCGCGCGGGCGGCGGGGGGUUCGGGCUCGGGCUCGAUCUGUCGGAGGAGAUGAGGCGCGGGAUGGCGUGGCGGAUGCUGGCGCUCCCGGCGGUGGCGGUGGCGGCCGAGGCCGCGCUCCUGCGGCUGCUCGAGCUUGAGGGCGGCGCGGCGCCCGCGUGGGCCGGGAAAGCGGGCUCGGCCGUGCUGUUCGCCGCCGGGCUGCUUGGGUCCCAGUACGGGUUCUUUUCGUCGAGGUGGGACGCGGCCGAGGAGGGGUCCGUGGUAGGGUGGGAGCUCGCCGUCCGGCACUGGGGCGCCUUGUCCAUGGCCAUGGAUUCGUCCGUAGAAGAAGAGGGGGACGACGACGAUGAGCUGGGGGAUGACGAGGAGUGGGAGUACUACGAGGAAGAGGAUUAACUGUACACUGUACAGUACAAGUGCAACAAUGAUAAACCGUGCUAGUAACUCCCAUGUAAGAUGAAACUAUACUCGGUUUGAUUAGAUAGACACGAUGCAGUAGAUAGAGUGGUUGGCAGCGUUGGCUGGUUGCAGGUAGGCUUAAGAACCACCUAAAUGACACUAGAACAAACAGUAAAGAAGUACUCUCAGAAUGACUGCUUUCACGAAGAGAUCGAACGAUCAUGCACUAUCGUUGCUGAGCCAUCGAAGAUGGGCGUACCUAUGGUUUUCACCUCGAAGUGUGGAUCCAUCUUAGUUUUUGUUGUACUAGUGUCUAUAGUAGUAAGUGUGUCUGUGCCUGUUAGAAGUUCAGACGGUUUGGGGCUUGCAAAGUUUGUAGUACUCCGUAUUAAAUAUUCAAAUCCAACACAAUGCUAAGGGACAUUGCAUGAACAUGAA